CGAGGACUUGUGGGAAAAAGCCCAGGAAGGCGGGGUUCGGGGGCCACUGGCUGCGGGCGGGACGCGGCGGAGGUGCGGAGCUAACGGCCUGGUGAGAGGUUGAUUGGUCAAAACUCUGCAGGCCAUAAUGACUUCAACCAAUAAAACAAUUGAAUUACAACUACAAGUGAAACAAAAUGCAGAAGAAUUACAAGACUUUAUGAGGGAUUUAGAAAACUGGGAAAAAGAUAUUAAACAAAAGGAUAUGGAACUAAGAAGACAGAAUGGUGUUCCUGAAGAGAAUUUACCUCCUAUUCGAAAUAGGAAUUUUAGGAAAAAGAAGAAAGGCAAAGCUAAAGAAGCUUCUAAAAAAACCAAAGAUGAAAACACAAAAAACAGGAUAAAAUCUUAUGAUUAUGAGGCAUGGGCAAAACUUGAUGUGGAAAGUAUCCUUGAUGAGCUUGACAAAGAAGAGAGUACCCAUGAUUCUGUGUCUCAAGAAUCAGAGUCAGAAGAAGAUGGAAUUCGUGUAGAUUCACAAAAGGCUCUUGCCCUAAAAGAAAAGGGCAAUAAGUACUUCAAACAAGGAAAAUAUGAUGAAGCAAUUGAAUGCUACACCAAAGGCAUGGAUGCUGAUCCGUAUAAUCCCGUGUUGCCAACAAACAGAGCCUCAGCGUACUUUAGAGUGAAAAAAUUUGCUGUUGCUGAGUCUGAUUGUAAUUUGGCAAUUGCCUUGAACAGAAGUUAUACAAAGGCUUAUGCAAGACGAGGUGCUGCUCGAUUUGCUUUGCAAAAAUUAGAGGAUGCCAAAACAGAUUAUGAAAAAGUAUUAGAACUGGAACCAAAUAACUUUGAAGCAACAAGUGAACUCAGGAAAAUCAAUCAGGCUCUAACAACCAAAGAAAACUCAUAUCCAGAGGCACCUGAUAUGAUGAUUAAGUCAACUGAAGGAGAGAAAAAACAAAUUGAAGAGCGGCAGAAUAAGCAGCAGGCAAUUUCAGAGAAAGAUCUGGGGAAUGGAUUUUUCAAAGAGGGGAAAUACGAAAGAGCAAUUGAAUGCUAUACUCGAGGGAUAGCAGCAGAUGGCGCUAAUGCCCUUCUUCCAGCUAACAGAGCAAUGGCCUAUCUGAAGAUUCAGAAAUAUGAAGAGGCUGAAAAAGACUGCACACAAGCUAUUUUAUUAGAUGGCUCAUAUUCUAAAGCUUUUGCCAGAAGAGGAACUGCAAGAACAUUUUUGGGAAAGUUAAAUGAAGCCAAAGAAGAUUUUGAAACUGUUUUACUUCUGGAACCUGGAAAUAAGCAAGCAGUAACCGAACUUUCCAAAAUUAAAAAGGAAUUAAUUGAGAAAGGACACUGGGAUGAUGUCUUUCUCGAUUCUACUCAAAGGCAAAAUGUGAUAAAACCCAUUGAUAGUCCACCUCAGCUUGGAUCAACUAAACCACUCAAGAAGGUUAUUAUUGAAGAAACUGGUAAUUUGAUACAGACUAUUGACGUGCCAGAUAGCACUACGGCUGCUGCUCCAGAGAGUAAUCCUAUUAAUCUAGCAAAUCUAACAGCAAGCACAGGCACUACAAGUAAGAAGAAUUCAAUCCAAGAUGACCUUUUGCCCACAAAUGAUAUUCCAAAAGCAAAAGUAUUGAAAAUAGAAGAAAUCAGUGAUACUUCAGCUCUGCAACCUCAUGUUAAUUUGAAACAGGAUGUGCGUCGGUCUUUCAGUGAGAAGAUUUCUGUAGAGGUAGAUAAAAUACCUGCUCAGUUGAUCACAACUGUUCUUCCUCCAGUUCCUGCAAACUCUUUCCAGCUUGAAUCUGAUUUCAGACAUCUGAAAAAUUCUCCAGAUAUGAUAUAUCAGUAUUUGAAGAAAAUUGAACCAUCCUCGUAUCCUAAGUUGUUUCAGAAAAAUCUAGAUCCAGAUGUAUUCAACCAAAUCAUUAAAAUUCUUCAUGACUUUUACAUUGAAAGAGAAAAGCCAUCACUCAUCUUUGAAAUCUUGCAAAGACUUUCUGAACUAAAAAGGUUUGAUAUGGCAGUGAUGUUUAUGUCAGAACCUGAGAAAAAAAUUGCACGUGUAUUAUUCAAUCACAUAGACAAAUCAGGAUUGAAGGGUAAUUCUGUUGAAGAACUCAAGAAAAAAUAUGGUGGUUGAUUUCCACUUUUACUGAAAUUAUUUUCUUUGACUUUCAUAUGUAAAUUUUUUCUACUGAAAUAAAGUGUUUUGUUUUGCUUUUAAGAAAAUGAAAUACAGGAAAGUACUGUCUUUGGAGAUAAGCUAAUUAAAUAUAAAGUGAGUCGUGA